AUGGCUCCUACAAGCCACGACUUCAAAAUUCCAGAGAUGGCACCACCGCCAAGCCUACCACCUAGGCAAUUGAAAAAAAGCGUCAAAACAUUAGCAGAAGAUAUGAAACGACUAGAGAAAAGAUUAACCGAGAUGAUUUCGGAAAACAGACGAUUAACAAAAGAUAUCUAUCUGUUAAAAACCCUAGAAUCAGAAGACAGCGAACAUAAAUAUGAUACCAACACAAUGAAAUCUCGCAACACCUAUCUGCAACGCGAGAACCAAAGACUAAAACAAGAAGCAGCUGAGGCUGCAGCCGUGGAUUUUUCUAUCAACGAAACUUCACGUGAAAGCGCGGACAUAAAAGAAGAGGAAGAAGUAGAAAUAAAUACAUGCGAAGACAAAAAUUACUUCGAAUCAGUCAUGUCCAAAAAGCAGCAAAAGACGCUAAACAAACAGAAGAGGAAAGAAGCUUCUCAUAGCAAACCGCAGGAGGAGACAGAGGUCAAUGCCAGAGAGCGGACGAAAAUACACAUCAACCUGAUAAACCCCAACAAACAACCCAAACGAAGACCUAUAAAAUCUCACCAAUACAACUCGACUCCAAGAGUUGGACGGAAGAAUAAUCUCAAGGAGAGACAAAAGAAAACUAUUGAUGUUUCUCGUAGACAUCAAACCCCAAGAAAGAAACCUUAUCAAGGAUUUCAACAGAUGCCAAGGCUUGGUAGUUUGAGUAGAACCAUUAAGAGUACCAAUAGGACCUACCCAGUACUAUAG